CCUGAACAACCGCAGAGCUUAUAGAGGAGAGUGUGUUUCGGGUUUGUGAGACACCAGGGGGCCCUCUCCCGGGCGAGUGCUGAAUGAAUGAGUUCAUAUGGAGCUUCUGAACAAAACCAGAGUUUAUAAAUGCUCUAUGAUCUUUAUACUGAAAACUUCACUCUUUUUUUUUUUAUCACAAAGCCAUAUAAAAUGUUUUAGUAUCAGUUAAAGCUAAGUAUUUUAAUCAGACAGCUCUGGCUGUUUCUACAGUAUGAGCUCACAAACCAGCCACCCAAGGCAAGAAGUGUCCAAAAGUCUACUGUAAAUUUGCACUCAUCAUGCCGCAGUGGGGUGGAGGGAACCGGUGCGAGUCAUGUGGAGAGAAGGUUUAUCACGCUGAGGAAGUUCAAUGUGAUGGAAAAAACUUCCACAAGUGCUGCUUCUUGUGCAGUGUGUGCAGGAAGGGACUGGACAGCACCACGGUCGCAAAUCAUGACACUGAGCUGUACUGUAAAUCCUGCUAUGGGAAGAAAUAUGGACCUAAAGGUUACGGAUACGGACAGGGAGCUGGAACGCUCAACAUGGACAGAGGGGAACGACUAGGCAUCAAGCAGGAAGAGACGAAGACCCACCGACCCACCACCCAGCCCAACGCCUCCAAAUUUGCCCAGAAGUUUGGUGGUUCGGAGAAGUGCGCACGCUGUGGAGAGAGUGUGUAUGCUGCUGAGAAAGUUAUCGGGGCAGGAAAACCGUGGCAUAAAAACUGCUUCCGUUGUGCAAAAUGUGGGAAAAGUCUGGAGUCGAUGACUCAAACUGAGAAGGAUGGAGAAAUUUACUGUAAAGCGUGUUAUGCUAAAAACUUUGGACCCAAAGGAUUUGGAUACGGACAAGGAGCCGGAGCACUGUUGCACGCCCAGUGAUGUGCGCAUGUGCGCACACACACACACACACACACACACACACACACACACACACAAAAAGCUGUUAAUUUACUUAAUGAUCUUUUUUCUGUGAUUUUGGAGAAAUUAUAACUGGAAUUUACUUGAAUUUCUGCAAGACAAGAAAAGAAAAAAAAGACAUUCAUUUAGUGUGUUUGUAUAUACAGCACCACAAAUAAAAGAGACCACUUCAUAACGAUAA